AUGAGGUUUUUCCUUUUCUGUGAGUACCAGUCUUUUCUGUUUCUCUGUAUUUGUGCACAACCCAAGAUGACUCUUCGUAAGGAGGGUUCCACAGACCACAGUUAAACCAGAGAUCAGGAUUUCAUGGUCCAAGGGGGCGGUUUAGGGUUUGUACCUUUGGUUUAGGACCCAGAGGUCCGUUUCACGUAGCAGGUUUAAUGGAAACUCAGAGUCUGUUAACCCUGAAAUCAGGGAAACUCUGAGUUUUUCGUUUCACAAAGGAGGGUCAGUUAAACCAGAGAGAGAGGGGUAACUCUAACCUGUUUCACAAAGAGAGGUAACUCAACCUCGCGGUCAGUUACCACAGUAACAGACUCCGUGAACCUAACCUGGGGCCUGUUCUACGAAGCAGGAUUACUGCCUAGCGAGGUAACUUCGAGGAUAAGUUCAGGGUUUCCUGUUCUACGACGCGGGUUCACUUCUGCGGAUCGCCGGACUCCACAGCUGAUCGCAAGAGUUCUAUUUUUUCCGGACGCGGGAGCAUGCUGGAUAAAUUCAGCACAGAUUAACCCGUGCUGGAAAGGAAGUCGGGCACAGACACAAAAUAAAACCUCCAGCCUCUUUUCAAAAUAAAACACUCUGUGUUUCAGGAGGAUCGUAUUACACGCCAUGCAAACGGACGGAGACGAACAAGUGAAAGGUUUUUAGAUGUAGAAGUAGAUUUUCUCCUCUGGAAGGACACAAUCUACUGCUUAUAUGUCUAUGUGGCUGCCUUUAUAGAGAUUUGCACAUGUAUCCGCAGGUUCUUGUGAGUUCUCGCGAUUCCUGCUGUCCGUAAUCCGCCACGAAAUUCGCCUCACAAACAGAUCCAGUAGGAAUUGGGAGAUGGCCAAAAUCACUGCCGUUCUGGAUCUCAGCUGUUCCGGAUGUGGUGGAAAUCCCAGGUGAAGAGGAUCACAACAGUCCCGUUGAUAGGAAGAGAGGAGAACAGAUGUAGACUCUGGUUGGUCGAGAGAAACUUAAGCUGCAUCUGAUUGGUUGAGGAAUAAACACAAUUGUUAGAUUGGAGAGAGACCAUUGGAAUGAGGGAGGAAUAAAAAAGGACUGGAUGAACGGAUGAAUGUGGAGAAGUCCCGUAAAAACUGAACCCACAGUGAGGUCCAGUCCUCCAGGCUGAUAUUACUGUCUGCUUUAGUGAAUCUUUAUCCUCUGUUAUGGCUCUGUGUGUUUGUGCUUGUAUCUCUGACGUAUCGGUGUGUGUGUGUGUGUGUGUGUGUGUGUGUUUUUAGUGCUCACAGUGUUCUGCUGCAACUCGAUGACCACACAAGGUAAAUAUACUCCCACGGCCUCAGGUGUCUCCUCAUGUGUACUCUGAACCUGUCGCCUCUCUGCUGAACCUCUUUCACUGGAUUUUGGUCUCGGCCCGGUGCGACAACACUGACACCCAUCUGUGAAGGUCAACAGUUAAUAAGAUUGACAUUAACCAUCCUUUCCUCUGAUGUGUUGAUUUCUGACAGAGAUUUUUGAAGGUCAAAAACAGUCAAGCCUAAAACCUGGAGAUGAAUGGGAUUAUGUAAUCCUGACCUUUGACCUCUGCUGUGCAUUUCAGAGAAGGCAUUGACCUGUGACCUUCAGGACCCGGCACAGAGGUUGAGCUGCGGUAUGACACCUUAAAACACGUUUCUGCACCUGUCUACCACAAUAAUCAGUAGCUGCGUUUCCAUUACAUUUUUUCGCAAAAUAAAAGCGAUGUUUAUCAAAUUUCGACAAAGUACAAUUGCGAUUUGCGGGUGUUUCCAUUGAAUGGUGUUCAGUGCAUAAGCGAGCCGUCUGCCUCUCGCGAGCCGUGUUUAAAUGGCCGUUGCCUAGCAACGAGGUAAACUUCCUGCCCGUGCGACCUCGUAUUCCUUAAGCCUUUUUGCACACCGACAUGGACGAGACACAAAACAUUUUUCGUUUUGGAGCAGCUAUUUCUGUGACCAUUACUGCUGUUGCCGCUGCUGUCAUCAGAAGACGAAGGCAGCGGGUGAUCAUUCAAAGGCAAAGCCCGUAUGUAUGGGAGCGAACACGGAGGAGCGAUUUCUGGGAGAGGAUCGUUAAUGAGGAAUUCACAGACGAAUUGUGGAUUCAAAACUUCAGAAAAAUACAAAUUCAAUUCAAAACUUCAGAAAUAAGUCUGUCUCCUCCCCCGUCCACAUACACCGUGCCAUCUACGCUUGAAAUGAACUGGUCACUUGACCCGCUACGUCACGUCCGGUGACAAAGAAUUGCGAGAAAAGUGUUUCCAUUACACUUUUGCGAUAUACUUCUAUAUCGACACUUCUGAAAAACCACCUCAUGAGAGCGUAAAAACUUUUUAGCGAUAUUUGGGAGGUUUUUCGAAAUGUAGGUGUUUCCAUUACCAGUUUUCUAUUGCGAUAUUUACGUUUUGCGCAAAUCUAUGGGUAAUGGAAACGCAGCUACAGAUGUCAUCACGAAUGACAAUUAUUGGUUUGUUUGUCAAACUGUUCCCCAAUCUCCUCUGCCCGCCUCUGCUCAUCCUUCAUGUAGAUUUAUGUCUCCUCAGGCUUUAACUCCUCAGGCUUUAACUCCUCGAGUUUAGCUCCUUAAGUUUAACUCGUUAGGUUUAACUCCUCAGGUUUAACUCCUCAGGUUUAACUCCUCAGGUUCACUGUUGGUAAACGAGUUCAGAUGACCUGAACAGUGGAGAAUCGUUGACUCAAAAAGAGGUUUGUCAAAGUUUGGAGUGAAAAUCAGAAUUUUGUUCAGAUACUUUCUCAGGUAACAUCCUUGUGGUUUCUCCAGCACGAUCAAUCCAACCCACAUCAGUGAGAUAUCCCUGACACAGGGUCCUGCUGCUGUCAUCUAUCCUUGCGUGGUGCUCCUCUCUCAUCCUUCUUUGUCCUGGACCCUCUCUCCUCUGAGCACACCUGUCCCCCCCCAUUCCUUUAGGUGAUGGUUUGAUCACAGUGCAGAGCGUGGGGGUGAGUCACAGAGAGUCGGAGGUUUGUGUGGACGGCGUUCCCUCAGACCGGCUGGGGGUUCAGCUCUGCUCCUCAACGCCGGUCCUGAACAUCAUCAGAAAGAGGUCAAACAAACUCGCCGUCCUCGUCUACAGAUGUCAGACUUCCUGUCUUUAUUAGGACUGAAGCCCUGUUUCUCACUCUUUGGAGUUACUCCAGUUUAAACCAGUAUAAAGCCACUUUAUUAUUAGAGGUAGUCACGUGUGUCCUCUUCUCGUCAGGUGUAACGGUCACUACAGGUGUCGGGUCCCAAUGGAUUUGUGUCAUGCAGCUAAACCCUGUUUGACCCGGUGUGUCUGGAUGGAGACCACAUACACCUGCAAGUCUGGGAGUAUGUACUUGUGCAUUACUGUAUAAAUUCACUCAGUGAUGAAAGUAAUAAAGUUCUAAAGAGAGUUUUGGUUCUGGUCUCAGGAGUCCACUAUGUGUGUCAGAGAAGGAGGGCGGUGCUUCACUGUGGUGGGUUUUUAUUCAUUCUUUAUGAUUCUUCUGAACUCACUUCAGGCUCCUGUUUGUUUAACAUUGUUUUUCUUCUCAGGUGAUCAGGUGAUCAAAGUGUUGAUGGCUAACUACGGCAGGACCAGUAAGAGGGUGUGCUGGUACCGCGCCCCCCGCAGUCAUCCACCCAACACCUCCUGUAGACUCUCCAACACUCUGCAGGUGAUGGCCGACAGGUGAGAACAAAACCUGAGGAGUAAAACCUUUUUGGCAGAAAUCCUGAGAGAGCACGAAUUCACGUUCAGACUUCAAGGACAGACAAAAGUGAACGCAGUAUUUCACACAGGUGUAAACAACAAUGAUUUCUUCCCGGUUAACGGUACUGAUUAUAUUUGUUUUGAUUUCAUGCAGGUGUGAUGGCAAACAUGUUUGUUCUGUCAGAGCCUCAAACCAGAUCUUCUCCAACCCCUGUCCUGGGACCAAAAAGUACCUGAAGUAUUCAUACACCUGUGUAGACCCGGGUACCUGUGAACCUCCCUCAUGUCUUCAAACCCUUUAAAGCUCAAAAACAAAAACAAACUCCUGAAAUCAAAAACGCUUCAUUUGUUCACAUUAGUCAUUUUCACCUGUUUGUGGUCUUCAGCAGGAAACUCUGACAACUGA